UUAAAAAAAAAGUUUCUUCUGGAGAAUCACAUAUAAACUGAGAUUUCUACAUAUUGUGAAUCUUCCAUCCUAAUUGUUCAGUAGGGAUUUUCUUUGAUUCAACAAAUUUUGCAAAAAACCAAAAAUCAAAAUGCAUUCCCUCCGACGCGCAGCUGCUAGAGCAGCAUGCUCUUCAAUUGCGGUCGCUACCCCGCGCAAGCAGAUUGCUUCUUUUGCCAUGCAGAUUUGCAAGGCAAGCGCGCGCCCGGCUACUCUCAUGCCUGUAGCUCGUCACUUCUCCAUGACAUCGCGCAUGGCCCAGGAUGAGAGCGAGAAUGCCGCCGUCGAACAGGCUAUUGGUUCUGCUGAGCAGAACCAAGGCCCGGUGGACCCGGACCUGGCCAAGAAGAUCUAUAUCAGAAACCUUCCUUUCGAUGCGACGGAAGAUAUGGUCAGGGAAGCGUUCAGCAAGUACGGAGAGAUUACGCACCUUCAGUUAGCCCGUGAUCCCUCGGGUGCCAGUAAAGGCUUCUGCUUCAUCUCCUUUGCCGAUGAAGCUGAGGCAACUCGGGCCAUUGAGGAGGGAGACAAUUCAUUCUGGCAGGGCCGUCGCCUCUUUGUUCAACCCAGAACAUCAGGCACCAGUUCCUCGCGGGCCCCCAAGGCCCCGGCAGAUCCCUCAACCUCUCUCUACAUUGGUAACAUCCCGUACGAGACAUCCGAUGCCGACCUGAACACCAUCUUCCGGGAUCUGGAAAAUGUCGUCAACGUCCGCGUAGCUGUGGACCGCAACACUGGCUGGCCUCGUGGCUUUGCCCACGCUGAUUUCAGGACUGUCGAGGACGCACAGAAGGCGUUCGACAAGCUCCAGGGUUUCAUGCUCGGACAGCGUACUCUACGUAUUGACUUCGCCGCCCCUCCUAAGCCUGCUGGAUCUGGACCCCGACGAGAUGGAUAUGGCCAGGGCCGAGACAACAACCGCGGCCGAGACAACAACCGCGGCCGGGACAACAACCGUGGCCGGGACAACUACGGCUCAAACAACUAUGGCUCAAACAACUAUUAGCCCGUAGACAGGUUUUCGAUGGGAGUGGUGCUUUCGCCUUGGAAUUAGGUAAUGGCCAUAAUUAUAUCUUCUGGCAAGGCAUUUUUCGGGCAAACGAUGCGAUAUGUGACAUGUGAUCAGGAAAGCCACGAUGGACGAGAGGUUCGAGGCUUUAUAUGGAUCAGGUCUUGCCAGUAGCUAUCCAUCCGAUAAUGGAAAGCUGACUAGGUAAAUUGUAUGUAACAACAUGAGUUCAGGUUCUUUUAAGAAAGAGCCGCCUCUACCAAAAAUUCGGUAGUUAGCACGAAACCCAGUUUACUAGGAAACUGAAUGUACAACUUCUCUCCGAUCAUUUUUCAUUCUUCAAUACGUCUUCGCUUAACGAUUAACGUAGUGUGUAUGACAUGGAAAAUAUUAAUAUAAAAAAAAUACUCAGUAGCUCGCAUACGGUAACUACCUAAAGUAGUAUAAUAUGUGCAAAUUUGUCACAAGUUCAGACUUUUUUCAAGAAUAACUAGUAGUAGUAGAUGUAUGAAUACCUACCUACCUCAGG